AUGGAGAAGGUGAUGUUGGCAGCUGCCUUUGCCAACUCCAACUCCAGCAUCAUGAAUAUGUCCUUUGCUUACCUCCAUUUUGCUGGAGGGUACCUGCCCUCUGACUCCAAGGACUGGAGGACCAUCAUCCCAGCUCUCUUGGUGGCUGUCUGCCUGGUGGGCUUCGUAGGGAACCUGUGUGUGAUUGGCAUCCUCCUUCAUAGUGCUUGGAAGGGAAAGCCAUCCAUGAUUCAUUCCCUGAUUCUGAACCUCAGCCUGGCUGAUCUUUCUCUCCUGCUGUUUUCAGCACCUGUUAGAGCUACAGCAUAUUCCAAAGGUGUUUGGGAUCUAGGCUGGUUUGUCUGUAAGUCGUCUGACUGGUUCAUCCACAUGUGCAUGGCAGCCAAGAGCCUGACAAUUGUUGCAGUGGCCAAAGUAUGCUACAUGUAUGCAAGUGACCCAGCCAAACAAGUAAGUGUCCACAGCUGCACCAUCUGCUCAGUGCUGGUAGCCAUCUGGGCUGUGGCUAGCCUGCUACCCCUGCCAGAAUGGUUCUUCAGCAAUACCAGGCACCACGCAGGUGUGGAAAUGUGCCUCAUGGAUAUACCAGCUGUGGCCGAAGAGUUCAUGUCAAUGUUUGGUAAGCUCUACCCUCUCCUGGUAUUUUGCCUUCCAUUACUUCUGGCCAGCUUUUAUUUCUGGAGAGCUUACAGUCAAUGUAAAAACCGAGGAACUAAGACUCAAAAUUUUAGAAACCAGAUGCGUUCAAAGCAACUCACAGUGAUGCUGUUCAGCAUUGCUAUCACCUCUGCUCUUCUGUGGCUCCCUGAAUGGAUAGCAUGGCUAUGGGUAUGGCAUCUGAAGGCUGGAGGCUCAAGCCCACCACAGGGUUUCAUAGCCCUGUCUCAAGUCCUAAUGUUUUCCAUUUCUUCAGCAAAUCCUCUCAUUUUUCUAGUGAUGUUGGAAGAAUUCAGGGAAGGUUUGAAAGGCUUAUGGAAAUGGAUGGUAACCCAAAAUCCCCCAAGAGCCUCUGAGACUCAGGAAACACCAGUUGGUAACUUGGAGGUUCUUCCUGACAAGAUUCCAUCCCCAGAGACCUCAGCAUCCAUUCCAAAGAAAGAGAAACCUGACUCUCCCAACUCCAGUAGAGAGAAAAUGGAGAAGGCAGAGAUUCCAGUCCUCCCUGAUGUAGAGCAGUUUUGGACUGAGAGGGACACUGUCCCUUCUGUACAAGACAACGAUCCUAUCCCCUGGGAACAUGAAGAUCAAGAGACAGAGGGUUGUGAUAAAUAA